AUGCUGAAGCACAAGGAACAUACGGACCACAAGGCCCACAAGGACCAGCUGGACCACAAGGACCAGCUGGACCAUACGGACAACAACAACAACAACAAGCUAGCGCUGCAGCCUCUGCCCAAGCACGAUCACAAGGACCAGGCGGACCACAAGGACCAGCUGGACCACAAGGAUCAGGAGCUUCUGCUAGUGCUGCCGGUUCUGCUCAAGCAGAAUCAUACGGACCACAGGGACAACGAGGAUCAGCAGCUUCUGCUAACGCUGCCGGCUCUGCUCAAGCAGGGACAACGAGGAUCAGCAGCUUCUGCUAACGCUGCCGGCUCUGCUCAAGCAGGUCGAUCAUACGGACCACAGGGACCACAAGGAUCAGCAGCUUCUGCUAGUGGACCAAAAGGACCAGGAGCUUCAGCUGGCGCUUCUGCUACUGUUAAUGUUUCAUCACGUCCAGAAGAGAUCAUCAUCAUUGAGGAGCAACCAGAAGUGACCGUGACUGCCAACGCUAACGCCAAUGCUGAAGCACAAGGAACAUACGGACCACAAGGCCCACAAGGACCAGCUGGACCACAAGGACCAGCUGGACCACAAGGACCAGCUGGACCAUACGGACAACAACAACAACAACAAGCUAGCGCUGCAGCCUCUGCCCAAGCACGAUCACAAGGACCAGGCGGACCACAAGGACCAGCUGGACCACAAGGAUCAGGAGCUUCUGCUAGUGCUGCUGGCUCUGCUCAAGCAGGAUCACGAGGACCAUGGGGACCACAAGUACAAGGAGCUUCAGCUAACGCUGAUGCCUCAGCCCAAGCAGAAACAUCCCGACCACAGGGACCACAAGGAUCAGGAGCUGCUGCUACUGCUGCCGGCUCUGCUCAAGCAGGAGCAUACGGACCACAAGGACAACAAGGAUCAGGAGCUUCUGCUUACGCUACCGGCUCUGCUCAAGGACAACGAGGAUCAGCAGCUUCUGCUAACGCUGCCGGCUCUGCUCAAGCAGGUCGAUCAUACGGACCACAGGGACCACAAGGAUCAGCAGCUUCUGCUAGUGGACAACGAGGAUCAGCAGCUUCUGCUAACGCUGCCGGCUCUGCUCAAGCAGGUCGAUCAUACGGACCAUGGGGACCACAAGGAUCAGGAGCUUCUGCUAGUGCUGCCGGCUCUGCUCAAGCAGGAUCAUACGGACCACAGGGACCAAAAGGACCAGGAGCUUCAGCUGGCGCUUCUGCUACUGUUAAUGUUUCAUCACGUCCAGAAGAGAUCAUCAUCAUUGAGGAGCAACCAGAAGUGACCGUGACUGCCAACGCUAACGCCAAUGCUGAAGCACAAGGAACAUACGGACCACAAGGCCCACAAGGACCAGCUGGACCACAAGGACCAGCUGGACCAUACGGACAACAACAACAACAACAAGCUAGCGCUGCAGCCUCUGCCCAAGCACGAUCACAAGGACCAGGCGGACCACAAGGACCAGCUGGACCACAAGGAUCAGGAGCUUCUGCUAGUGCUGCCGGUUCUGCUCAAGCAGAAUCAUACGGACCACAGGGACAACGAGGAUCAGCAGCUUCUGCUAACGCUGCCGGCUCUGCUCAAGCAGAAUCAUACGGACCACAGGGACAACGAGGAUCAGCAGCUUCUGCUAACGCUGCCGGCUCUGCUCAAGCAGGUCGAUCAUAC